AUGGCAACAGCGGCAGCAGCAGCAGCAGCGGUGGCACCAACAGAGGCAGCAGCAGCAGAAAUAGCUGUACCAGCUGUAGAAGCUGUAGCAGCAGCAGUGGCAUCGUCAAAAGCGUCGAAAGGCGAGAAAAUAUCGAGGCUGCUACACGCGUUACGGGCGGGACAUUUGGCGUCCCCAGAUUGUGGAGCUCAGCAACAGCAACCGCAACAACAACAGCAGCAGCCGCAGCAAGAGAUAAUUGACUCAGGUGAUAAUGAGUAG